UGACUCUUGAUAUCUCGGAAAAAUCAUCUAUGGAUGUUGUCGACUUUGCUAAAAGUAAAGGACGUCGCAGAACUGUGUAUAUAUCUAGUACACUUGCAGCGACUGGCGGUUUUGUCACUGGUUAUGAUGUUGGUGCGAUUGCAAGUAUACUGGUAUUACCAACCUUCCUGGAUGCAUUUCCAGAUCUCGAUACCAACCUUCAAAGCGUCCUUCUCAUGGUCACUCUAGCAGCUGGUGCGAUCGGUGCCUUCACUUCUGGCUUCUUUUGUGAUCAUCUCAGUCGUAGAUACACCAUCGUUCUCGGAGCCUUUAUCUUUGUCGUUGGUUUGAUCUUGCAGAUCAUAGGAUUGAAAACUGGAGUGUUGUUUACCGGACGCAUCGUAGCAAGUUUUGGAGGAGGAAUGAUUACCUGCACUAUACCAUUGUAUCACUCAGAAAUUGCUCCUGCUGACAUUCGAGGACGCCUGAUUAGCUUGUUCAGUGUCAUGGUUUCAGCGGGCACAUUGGUUGGCUAUUUUGUUACUUUCGGCACAAGCUACUUGACGACCAACUGGAGUUGGCGAGCUGUAUGGUUGAUCCAUGUUAUCGUAUGCGCUUUCCUCGGGGUCUUUGCCUGGUUCCUGCCUUUUUCUCCCCGCUGGUUAAUUGACCAUGAUCGGCAUGAAGAAGCUCUCCAAAUCCUCUCGUCUUUGCGCGAACUACCAGUUGAGCAUCACCAAAUUCAAGACGAAUAUCAUGAGAUCAAGGCCGAACUAGAAUUGGAACAUACAUUUGGACACCGUACAUACAUUGAACUCUUUAAAAAAGGAAAUCGUAUGCGUUCCUAUAUGUCAGCAGGCCUAUCGGCAGGAUCGGCAUUAACUGGGACUCAGGCCGUUUCAUACUAUGCCCCCGCAAUUUUCAAGAACGCUGGAUUAUCGGACGUCAGCACUUCCCUUGCAGCUACUGGAGGAAUGGGAGCAGCAGCUUUGUUAGGUACAUGCGUCACAGUAAUGUGGUUGGACAAGUUUGGUCGAAGGGUAUACCUCAUCAGCGGGGCAUUCACUCUCUUUGCUUCUAUGAUGAUUAUUGGCGCAAUGUUCAGUUGCUUUGCUGAAACAGAUAGCGAUGGCAACAUCUUAAUGACUUCCAUGUCUGCUCGAAACGUUGUGAUCGCAUUUCUCUUUAUAUUCAAUUUUGUCUACAAUGCGACACUCGAACCCAUUUCUUUUGUUUUACCAGCCGAGGUAUACAAUAUGCGCUGCCGUGCAAAAGGCCUUGCAUUCGUUACCGGGUUAUGGUGGAUUUGCGCAAUCUUUACUACCCUGAUCAUGCCGCCACUUUCGGCUAUCUAUCCUGCUGCUCCAUACUAUUUGUUUGGAGGCUGCUCAUUCGUGGCCGCCAUCAUGAUGUGCACCUUUCCAGAAACGAAGGACCUUACACUCGAACAAAUGGAGCAGCUAUUUUCCAAGUAAGCACUUGAACUUAUCCAGUUUCCUUCACUCAGCAUAUCACCCGCUUUUAUACUUCCUUUUCCACUUUCUCGGGUGAUUGCAUAUCCUUCUUUCCCAUUCCUUUCGCAAUACAUCGAUGGAUGAUCUGUGUUGCUUCGGCAGCGCAGUGAACCCGUCCUUUUUCUUCUCUCAAUAAGUGGCACAAGGGGUGCUGUACUUUGGAAAGAUUUU